AUGGAAGCUUUAGACGACCUUGACCAGCUACUCGAUAUCAACAUUUACUUGUCAAAAAAGAAUGUAACAGGUUCUACAGAUGACCUUACAGGGACUUGCAAUGUAACUGGAUUAUCACGAAAUGAAGUUGUUUUGAUUGAUACGUGUACCAGCUCACCCGUUUUGGCAUGGAUAGGUGCAUAUGCAAAAUACUCCCCUUGGAUAGAAUACAAAGGAUGUGGAAUUAUUUUGGAAUCUAAUUAUAUACCUCUGCUAAAGAAUUUCAGUACAGAACCAGACAUUUUUAAAUGUUUCGAACUUUGCGUUAUGAAUUUCAUUAAGCACAAUUAUAUUGGAUUUCAGCGGAACAAAUGUUUAUGUUAUCUUACCUUGGAUAUAGAAGAAAUAAUUCCAUGUGACAAUACUAGUAUCACAGUAUGCGGGGAUAAUCAGAACUUCAUCUGUGGAGAUCAGGAUAAUGUUACUGUGAUAUAUGAGAUAAAAAAUCUGACUAUGAUUGCGACAAAUGACACUGGUGAAUGCGGAAUAGUCCAGAUAAAUGAUAACAAUACAACGUUUAGUAGUAUGGAAUGUUCGAACAAGGCAGCAAUAUUGUGCUUUGGCAACGAAACUACAAAAGCGUAUCCUAACAGGGCAGAAAAUUGGGAACAAACUGUGAAAUUUUGUCGCACACAAGACGAGUUGAUCACUUCUAUAGAGAAUGCAAUGAACAGAAGCUUAGUUAACAUUACAAAUGGCGCAUAUUGGGUGGCUGCAAUUCGUGGUAUUUCAUUCAGAUCUCUGCCAGCUUUUGACAAUGACUUCUGUGUUGCGUCCAUCAUUGAAAAUGGCAAGAAAAUGAUACCUUUAGUUGAAUCAUGUGAUGUUAAACUCCCCGUUACAUGUAGAGCUGGUAGCGCUGAUCGUUUGGGUUACGGAACUUCAACAGAGAAAGGUGACACCACAACAACUAUGGAAAACGUUUCUGUCCUCUCUCAAUCACUGACUCAACAAAAUGUGAUAAUUAUAAUUGCCACUGGAAGUACUGGAUUCAUUUGUUUGGUUUUAGUUGUUAUAGUUCUGAUUUUUAAGCGCAGAAGUGUGAAGAAUAAAAAAUACUCAGGUAAUCCUCAACAUUCGAAACACGACAGGGAAGAUUCGAACACGCAUGUUUAUAACAUGACACAAGGCAACGAUGAUGACGAUUUGAAUCCAACAAGAAAAGAGAUACAUGUGCAUACCACGACCCAAGACAAAGGUUAUGACGAUGUGGAUCCAAAUAGCAUGGAGAUGCGUGUUUAUACCACGACCAAAGACAAUGAUUAUGACGAUGUGGAUCAAAAUAGAAUGGAGAUGCGUAAGCGUGUUUAUACCAAGACCCAAGCCAAAGAUUAUGACGAUUUGGAUCCAAGUAGAAAGGAGAUGCAUGUUUAUACCACGACACAUGAAAAAGAUUAUGACGAUCUGGAUCCAAAUAGAAAGGAGAUGCAUGUUUAUACCAUGACCCAAUCCAAAGAUUAUGACGAUUUGGAUCCAAAUAGAAAGGAAAUGCAUGUGUAUACCACGACACACGAAAAAGAUUAUGACGAUCUGGAUCCAAAUAGAAAGGGGAUGCAUGUUUAUACCACGACACAAGACAAAGAUUAUGACGAUUUGGAUCCAAAUAGAAAGGAGAUGCAUGUGUAUACCACAACCCAAUCCAAAGAUUAUGACGAUUUGGAUCCAAAUAGAAAGGAGAUGCAUGUGUAUACCACGACACAUGAAAAAGAUUAUGACGAUCUGGAUCCAAAUAGAAAGGAGAUGCAUGUUUAUACCACGACACAAGGCAAAGAUUAUGACGAUUUGGAUCCAAAUAGGAAAGAGAUGCACGUUUAUACAACGACACAAGACAAUACUUCUGGGUAUUAUACCACGAUAAAUGCAGACAAUACUUAAUUUCAGCUUGUACUGUUGAUUCGUCAAUUUUCGUUGGUACCUAUUCAAGGUGAUCGAGGAAAGAUUGUAUUUUUGUGUAUAAUGUAUUUUAUGUCUUGCCUAAUUUGUAUAAAAGACUAAAUGAAACUGUCUUUCUAUGAUCAUAAGUACUUAUGGGUCACCUUUCCCCGCGAUAAUUGGUACUCCACAAGUAACAAUGAUUCGACAGUAAUUUCAAAUUUAAUUGCUUUUUGUAAAUACAGCUGUUUCUCAAACCACGCCUGGGGAGAUAUAUAAUAUUCAUAGAUAACUUGAUUUAUUCACAUACUGGUUCCCAGACAUGAUCUCUAUGUUUCAUCACAAAGAGACAUAUCUUGAGACUGUUACCGGUAUACAAAUAUACUUUUGUGGUGAAAAAUUCAUUAUGAAGUAAGCAAAAAUUGAGGUAGGGGUUGUACAUAAUUUUAGUAUAAGUUUAAACUCUGACAAGUUCAUUGCAUAUACAUAUUGAAAAUAUGCUGCACAGCGUUAUGUUUUGACCUUUGAAUAAAAUAGUAAUGCUACAAC